CCGCAACCCUAGAAAGCCCCGGAGCUCCCUCUCCCCUCCCCACUCCCCUGCGCCGCCAUAAAGCCGCGCCCCCGUCCCCUUUCUAAACCCCUCUCCUCCCCACCCUCGCCCGCUGAGGUUUCCGCCGCGAUCUCGUCUCGAUCCGCACUCUCUAUCUGAGAUUUGGAAUCGGGCGAGGCCUGCAGCUCCUGCCGACAUGGCGCUCGUUUUGCAUUCGGGCAGUGGCAACAAGAAUGCCUUCAAGGCACUUAUUGCUGCAGAGUACUGUGGGGUCAAGGUUGAGCUGACCAAGAACUUUGAGAUGGGUGUCUCAAACAAAACCCCUGAAUUCAUCAAGAUGAAUCCCCUUGGCAAGGUUCCUGUUCUUGAGACUCCUGAUGGUGCUGUUUUUGAGAGCAAUGCUAUUGCACGCUAUGUUGCUCGCUCAAAGGGUGACAACCUGCUUUGGGGUGGUUCUCUUAUUGAAUAUGCGCGUGUUGAGCAAUGGAUGGACUUUGGUGCCACAGAGGUUGAUCCCAAUAUCGCAAGGUGGCUGUACCCAAGGCUUGGUUAUAUGCCUUACAAUGCCCAGUCUGAGGAAUUCGGCAUUGCUGGAUUGAAGAGGGCCCUUGAAGCAUUGAACACACACCUGGCAUCAAACACAUUCCUUGUUGGGCAUUCUGUCACUCUGGCUGAUAUUGUCAUGACAUGCAACCUCUACCAUGGUUUUGCUCGGAUCUUGACCAAGACUUUCACAUCUGAGUUCCCUCAUGUUGAGAGGUACUUCUGGACCAUGGUUAACCAGCCUAACUUCAAGAAGGUCAUUGGCGAUUUCAAGCAGGCAGAGGUUGUACCUCCUGUUCAGAAGAAGGCUGCUCCUGCUAAACCAAAGGAGGCCAAGAAAGAGGCUCCCAAGGCGGCCCCAAAGCCAGCAGAGGUUGAGGCACCAGAGGAAGAGGCACCAAAGCCAAAGCCCAAAAAUCCCCUUGAUCUACUGCCACCAAGCAAGAUGGUACUUGAUGACUGGAAGAGGCUAUACUCAAACACUAAGAGCAACUUCCAUGAUGUUGCUGUUAAAGGUUUCUGGGAGAUGUAUGACCCAGAGGGCUACUCUCUCUGGUUCUGUGACUACAAGUACCAGGAAGAGAACACCGUGUCCUACGUGACCCUGAACAAGGUCGGCGGGUUCCUGCAGCGGAUGGAUCUGUGCCGCAAGUACGCUUUUGGCAAGAUGCUCGUGAUUGGUUCUGAGGCGCCCUUCAAAGUCAAGGGGCUGUGGCUCUUCCGUGGGCAGGACAUCCCUGAGUUCGUCAUGAAUGAGGUCUAUGACAUGGAGCUCUACGAGUGGACUAAGGUUGACCUCUCCGACGAGGCCCAGAAGAAGCGUGUCGAGGCCAUGAUCGAGGACCUUGAGCCGUUUGAGGGGCAGGCCUUGCUGGACGCCAAGUGCUUCAAGUAAGCGAACAGUGCCUGGGAUCGUGAUGGCGGUGGCAAAGAAACUAUCUAGGACUUGAAAUUCAGUGUCGAAACAGUUGGUCUUUUUUUGGAAGAGUUUGCUUGUUACUUAAUGGCUAUUUGACCUGGUGAACUAGUUAAUUUUGUGCUAUGCUAAGAGUUUUUGGGUA